AACUUUUUUAACUUUUACAUUUUUCAAUUUUACUUUUCAAAAAGUUUAAUAAUUACAAUUUUACCUUUUCCCUUCUUCCUUACACACGUACACGCACGCCACCUCAUAAAUCCUUUCUUUUUUUUUUUUUGAAUUUUUCAUUUACCUGAUUCUUCCACUCUUCAAACCGAGCUUCCCACGAUCACCAUUAUCAAGCCCUAACCAAUUUCUUCUUCCCACGAUCACCUUCUCCAAGCCCUCACCCACGUUUUCCUCAACCUACAUUGUCAUCCUCCUCUAUAUUUUCUCUAUAAAAAUGGCAACCACUAGAAGUGGUUCGAAAUCACCAUCUCCGGCGAAGAAAGUUUCUAAAAAAUCGAAGAAGGCUCCAACUGUUACUUCCAAAGUCGAACCUAAGAUGGGGUUAAAAAAAAUUGCUAAAAAUUUAGUGGCUGAUGUUCCAGAGACAUCGGGCACUAAGAAAAGAGCCCCUCCUGUUAAAGUAGAUGCUCCUAAGACUAAGAGAGCAAAAAUUUCCAAGUCUGCACGCGAUGUUUCCUCAGAUUCUGAUUUUGAGGAUGAAGUGCAUGGUGAGGACCAAAAGCCCAAAGUUGAAUCAAAGGUCCAUGCUAGGACCUCAGUGAAGGUUGAAGGAUUUGACCUACCAAAGAAAAAUCCCCCUAAGGAAUGGGAUUAUAUUUAUGACCAGAAGAAUCUAUUCAUUGCUAAAGCCUUUUCCACUGCUACUUUCCAGGUGAUAGAGAACAUUAAGUCUUGUCUUUCAGAUGUACAGCUUGAAAUGUUUUCAAAAACCUGUUUUGGUCAUUUCCUUAACCUUCCCGAUUUUAAAGUUCAACCCCAAGUGUUUCAUGGGUUGUUGCUCAGGAGGUUCGGCAACCUAAUGAUCUUUGAGUUGUGGGCUUGUGAAGGUGACUGUAGUGUGUUAGAUUUUAAGCAAGAGGUUAAUAGUCUUUGUGAAAGAUAUUGGCCAACUUCGUCCUCUAUCACUAAGGAAUCUGUUAGGGAAUGUUUUACCACCAAGAGGUGGGGUGAUUCUGAUGAGGAUGCUGUGAAGUUGGCAGUUUUGUAUUUCGUGGAGUGGUUCUUGCUUAGUGGCACUAAGCAUAAAAAUGUACCCAAGUCUAUUUUAGAUGUUGUAGAUAGUGGGAGGUACAAUGAAUUUGCUUGGGGCCGGAGUUCUUUUGAAUUGACUAUUUCCUCAUUGAAGGGUAAGCUUGAUAGUUGGGUUGAGGGGGUUAGGAAGGCAAGGAGUUCGGGAAAGAGGCCGAGUGUUUUUUACACUUUGAUUGGUUGUCCUCAUGUUCUUCAAGUUUGGUUCUACGAGUGUUGUAAGUACAUGAAAGGUAAGUACUGCCAAAAGGAAAGCUCUCGUAUUCCAAGGAUCACUCAGUGGACAUGCAAUAGUCAACCUACUUUCAAAGUUUUGAAGACUACUAUCUUUGAUGUUUCCAAAGAUAAGCUGCAACUUUCAAAUAUGAGGCCCACGGCUGGUGAGUUCAAAGCUUUGAAACUGAGCAGUUUCAAGUUCGACACCGACUACAACUCUUACAAGAGUCUUCCUCUUCCCGAAGAGCCAACUGUUGCUCGAGUGACAUUUACGUCAAGCUUGAUGCCUUUUCGAGAAAUUUCAUGGGAAAAAGGCAGUGACUCUUCCAAUGAUGAUGAUGGAGGUGGUGAUGAAGCGAUUUUGAUUUAA